AUGAACAACAAUAAUAAUGAAAAUUUUUCGCUUAGUCCAAUCACCCCGUCUACACAAUUGCCACGUGCUAGAAGCGCUAUUUUUCCUGUUAAUGAUUUGAGCACAAUGAACAAGCUUUGCAGUACAAGAUUAGCCGGUACUUUAUCGACAGAUGAUGAUGAUCCAGCUGCCCUAUUCCCUGUUAGUGCAUCAAAUCCGGGUACUACUGGUGUCAAUAGUUCUGAUAUGAUAUUUACUGAUCAUCAACGAAAACAAUCAAAUCCUCGUUUAAAAACAACUUCGUGCUACUUUCGCGAGCCUCAAAACCGGCAUCAGACGCAUUGUCGACGCUCCUCAAUAAUUCUAAACGAAGUGAGGCCGUCAACACUUGCCAGGCACAAAUCCAUAUCUAUGGAAUUGUCAACAGAUUUCAUGGGUUCUAAAUUAACGCUGGAUGAGGAGCUCUACGACAUCAUUUAUGCAUUUCUGUGGGUAUUUUUUAAAUAA